AUGACCAAAGGCAUCAUUCCACUUGAGUGUGUAGGUGUCCGUCUCGUUCAUGACCGCAGUGCCAAGGACUUCGCUUUUGAGCUCUACCCGGACACCGAGAAAUCUGAUUCAGUUCUCCCUGGGAGUUGCACUAGCAACAAUUCUAUUGGUUUAGGUUUCGGUUCCGGCCCUAAUUCAGGAGGGCUUUCGGUGGGCAAUAUAAUAAGAUCCAGCAAGUCCGAUAAAGAGGGCUUUCCUAUGCCAGAAUAA